GCAUGCUCCAUCCCGGCAUUCUCCAAGCACUGACUCCCCAUCCACUCUGACCACAGCCAGGAGCCACAUCCCACUGCCUGCCCAGCGUCCAUCCAUGGAGGUGACCACCGUGUCCCCAUCUCCCGCCUCACCCACUGAAGGGGACGAUCUCUGUGACACAGAUGUCACCAGCGUGGCCAUACACAGUGUGACACUGCUCAUCUGCCUCUGUGGGCUGGUUGGGAAUGGGGCUGUGCUCUCCCUCCUCAGCCUGAAAAUUCGUAACGCUCGCAUCUUUGACCUGGCAUUUUUUGACUUCCUCAUCCUGCUCUUCACAUUCCCCUCUGCCCUCCUUUUCCUAGUGGAGGACGUGUCCUGCUCUCCUAUCAUGCCCGUGUUGUACUUGAGUUUCCUUUUCCAGCUGUCAGUGGUCUCCACCUACUGGGUGCUGUACUGGCUGACAGACGUCAGCAUUGCUGGUUUUGUGAAAAAGCUCUGCAAGCUCUGCUGCAGCUGCAACCUUCCUCUGCGCCUGUUUUGGUUGCUGGACAGUGUCCAGUACUGUGCCUUCUUUACUCUCUUCACUGUCAUUCCUGCAGUGACAUACCUGUGCCCAUCACACCAGCAGGAGCACUGCAGGGCAGCUUCAAUCUCCAUGCACGCCCUCAUCCUGCUCCUCUUUCCUGCACCCACGGUCAUUUCCAGCACAAUUGACUUCAUUAAGGCCAAGUGGGGCUCCAAGAAGCUGAAACCAAAGAGGCGCGACGUCGUUGUCUCCCUCAUUGUGCUCUUCAUUGUCCUUCUCAGCCUCUGCAAUUUCCUGCAGCAGCUUGGCUACAUCGUUGUGUCUUCCGAGGUUGUUUUCCUGCUCAACUGCAUCCUCAGCAGCAUCAAACCCUUCAUCUACUUCUUGGCUGGGAGGUGCUGGAGGCCCUGCUCCCUGAAAUCCCUCCAGCUCUCCCUCCAGAGGGUCUUUGAUGAGCAGAAGAAAAAAGCUGCCAACAGUAAUGACGCCAACAAGGACACAGUGGUCUGAGCCUGGUGAUCCCUUCCCCUGCUCUGCUGAAGGACCUGGCAGAGUGGCUCAGGCUUUCCUUGAGCCACCUGAUCAAGAAAUACCCACAGGAUGCCCCUCCCUGUGGUGCUGUAUUCCUGCAGGAGAAGGCAGCAGGGGCAGUGCCGUGGGUGAUUUUGGAGGGAUGCUCUGCAGGGAGCUCAUUGGAGCAUGGCUUUCCUCCUCCCUGCUGGAUGCACAUGGCUCCAGGCAGAGCAGCUGGGCUCAGUUCUGUUCCCCAGCUCUAUUCCCCAGGGAAAGAUCCUCCUUGCCUCAGCCCCAGGGAAUGAACUCCAUCUCCUCUGGCUACACACAGCAGUUUCCUGGUGUUUUCAGGGAUCUCCUGCCUGCAAAGAAUGUGACACCUUAAGGCCUGGGGACACACCCAGCACGGGGUGCUGCUCAUUUCCCAAAUCCCUGCGGGGCUGGUGCCUCUGGAUGGCAGGAGAGGGGCUGGGAUCACAGGGAGCAUCCUUCCCCUUGUGUCUGGCAGAGCCGGCCCUGCAUUCCCAGCUGAUGGGGAGAGACACCAGGAAGGGCUGCAGAGCUGGGCAGGGACAGCAACAUUCCCUUCUUCUUUCAGGGGGCAUUUGUCACAUUCUUGAAUUCCAGAAUUCAGUCAUUCUGAGUAAAGGGCAGGGUGGAUGGUGAACUCCACUAAACCCUUGUGCCUGUGAACAUAUGGAAUAUGGAAUAUGGAAAUUCCCAUCCCCAGAUGCUUGGAUCGCAGAAUUUCACAGGAAUUAGGGGGUUCUGCUGCUGUUCUGCAGAAUGGAGCCAUCCUGUGGUUCCCAGCAUCCAAGUCCAAGGAAGCCCUGGAGCACCUCCAUCCUCAACCUGGCCACCCUCGGGAGGAGCUGCACAGCGACUCUGCACAGCAGCUUCAGCCAAAAUCCAUCUUGUUCUCAUGUUUGUCAACUUGGAUCUUCUACUAAAUUGAGUGUGUAUUUAUGUCUGUUGUUUGUUUCCAAUGUGAUAUUUCCAAACCCAACAUUUCUUGAAUAAACAACAUCCGGGCUUUGCUACAGAGCCUGUCCCUGGUGAA